CAAAACCUUCAAUUAUUUUGGUGGAACCGGGCAUCGUCGACCUCCCUUUUUCUCUUCCUUUCCGUCUUUUCUCUUGCCCCGUCUGAAUAUAUGCAAACAAUUCCGGGCACGAUCUUGGUGCCCUGGAAGCAAGGCGAUGCUUCAUUGCUUCAUCAAACCGAUUCCGGCUUCAUACUUCAAAGAUGGGUUACAUGUCGAAAUACCAUGGAACAUAUCCUUCACAAUGGAGCGAAUGGGAGUGGAACCUCCAACAUUCGUGUUAUGUUCGAUACCGGCUCGUGAACAAAAAUGAUUAUGAGUGGGAUUCCUACAACCCGGCCCCAGAAGCAGAAACCACCGAGGAAUAUGACCAAGAGCAAUAUUCAGAGCGGUAUCCUGAAAAUAAUUCAGGAUAUACCUGCGAAUCGACCUCGGACUUUCAUCACGACGCUUCCUCCCAACAGUCAGACCGUGACUCCGGCUACCAUUCCGGCAGUCAGUCUUCCUCCGGAGGAUUUGAAGACCUCCUCGACCACCCCGAUUCCUGGACCGUAAACCCUUUCCUCGCAUUCGGGUUCCCUCCCGCCAAGGACCACUCCAAAAAGCACCAACAACGCAAACAACACUCAAAGUCCCAAACAGGAUUGGAUAUAUCUCGCACCUCCCUCCAUUCCGACGAGGGCUUUUCCGAACCGAGCGAGUCUUGGAUCACGUUAUUCGGCAAGCAUAGUAAGGAGGUUAAUCUGGUGCCGAGUGUCGACCACCAGAGUCAGGUUUGCUAUGUUUCGCAUUCGGUGUUGAAGGAUCUGGGGAUCUGGGAGUCGAGGAGGAUGGGGAAGGCGAGAGAGGCUUGGAUUCCUGGUGCUGAGGAGGGGAAUGAGGAGAGGAUCAAGGUCGUGGGGAGUUGGACGGUUAGUUGGUUGUCGACGUUCAAGGGGAACGGACACGGAAGUGGGAGUAAGAUGCAGAGGACGACCUUCAGAGUUUUCAAGGAUAGGAAGAGGAGGGUAGUACUGGGAAUGAGUCCCAGGGAAGCGAGGAAGUUUGGGAUCUCGGGAUGAGAAGACAGAGUGUGGUCGAUUAUCACCUCAACGAUAGGACCAAGACGAGACGCUCAGCGAUGCGCAAAGAGGCCUUCCGAAAUCGCUGAGAGAGUUUGGACCUUUCUCCCUAACAAAACGGUUCCGGACCUCCCUGUGGCAAUGGUUUGCCACUUGCAAACUAUCGGAUCCGAAGACGCGCACAUUCGGGACGACCUGCCCUUUCUUAGCUCAAC